AGGUCUGGUGCCACGCGCAGGGUUUGCUCGUUGCCAGCGAGGCGGAUGAUCGGGAUCGCCGGGAAAAGAUGCCGCUGACCAAGGGGCGCCUGCGAGCCUCACUGGGUGCCUUGCUGGCGUACGCGUUCAUUUUCGACUACGCCGUGUACGUGUACACCCCCUGGCAGAACUGGCCCGAGAUUUUCCACAAACCGAACCAGUUGCGGCUGCUGCUGGUGGCGGACUCGCGGCUGUCCCGCUCGCCGGGCGCGUUCGAGUCGCUGUCGGCGUGGGACGACGAGCGGUUCGUGCGGCGCACCUUCCGAGCCGCGCUGGAGCACGUGCAGCCGCACGCGGUCGCCUUCCUGGGCGAUCUGUUCGCCGAGCCGCCGGCGCUGCCCAACGAGACGGAGGAGCUCAGGCAGCGCUUCUGGGAUCUCUUCGGGCCGCUCAACGAGUCCACCGUGUCGGUGGUGCUGCCCGGUGAGCGGGACUUGGGCACCGAGCCGGAUGACCCGCACACGGUGUCGCUGGUGCGCGCCUUCCGCCGCGAGUUCGGCGCCGCCAGGCCUCACCUGCUGGCCGACGGCUUCGAGCUGUUCCCCGUCGACUCGCUGGUCUUCGAGCAGCUGGCCCGGGACGCGCCGGCGCGAGACGUGCGCCCGGGCUCGGUGCGAGUGAUGCUGUCGCACGCGCCGGUCAUCCCGCUGCUUGACGUGCGGCUCAACUGGACCGUGACCCUGGCCAGCCCCGACGUCAUCUUUUCGGCCCACGAGCUGGCUUCUGCCCUCAUUCGGACCACCAGGCGCAACCCGACCGAUUUCGCGAGCAUGGUGAAUGCCGAGCAGGGCCAGCUGGAGCGCUACCUGUUGUCACGGGAGGACUUUCUCGAGCUGGUGGUGCCGCCCUGUUCGAGCCGCGUCGCGUACCACACGGGCUACGGCAUCGCCCUUUUCAAUAAGCCGGUGGGCGGGGAGGCUACUUUCGACUACGCCGUGCUCUGGACACCCAUGCGGGCACUGCACCUCUGGGGCUACGUGGUGGUGACCACCUACGGGGUUACUAUCCUCGUGCUGCCACUCGCACAGUUAGCGCGAUUCCGCUGGGCUUGGCGCAAGAACUUUAUGCGCUGACUGCCGGAAGUCGAUCUUUGUGUGUUUUGACUACGCAUUACGUUAGGUUUCGCAUUAAACACCUCUGGCGCUCAA